AAUCCAAAUACGAUCUCUCUCUUUCUUUCUUUCUUUUUUUCUUUUUUUCUUUUUUAGUGUAUAGUUCUUCUGUACUUGGUGUUUCUUUUUAUGGGUUCCUUUGUCAGAUCUCUCUGCUUCUUAUUUUGUCCUGUUAAUGUCCCUUCAUUCUUCCUUCCCUUUCCUUUGUACUUGCUUUCUGUAAUUCUUCUUUUUCUCUUUUAUUGGCUUUUAUGGCUUCCAUUGCCUCAAGAGAUCUCACCUUUUUUACCUGGCGAGGCUUGUUUUCUGUAUCAAUUUCUUAUUUUUAGUUAAUCACUUGGCAGACACUUGGUUUUUACCUUACCCGUAUUGAAAAGACAUGAAACUUGUGGUUCUACUCUCUUCUACCUUUGCUACCCUCCUCUAAAUUACUAUUUUUAGAUAGUUAUCAAUAUUAAUUCAUAUCAGUAGUCAAACAAAAUCUUCUUUUUUUCUUUUCUUCUUUCUUCUUCUCUUGUUUCUGGGUGCUUCUCAUUUCUUGUUGCUGAAAAUUUUUUAUGAAAAGUUCCAUGCUUUGCUUUGGAGGGUAUGCGAAAUGGCAUUGAAAUUGUCUGCCUUUUCUAUUUCGUAACUAAUUAUCUGUUGUUCAUGAUGUCAAUGUCUCUAUUGACCAUUCUGGUUAAAAAAAAAAACAGCUGAUUGGCCUGCACUGACAUUGAAAUCAUUCAACUUUUUCUUCUAUGUCAAGGAAAUUAUUAUAAAACUACAUGUUAUGUUUGUUUAUUUCUUUAACUUUUAUUGUCAUUGUUUCCAUUUUUACUUUCCAUGCUGGGUAGGAAAUCCAUAGCUUCUCUGUUGCCUUUUUGACUCUGUGGGAAAGAGUAUGGCAAUUAAGAAUGAACGGGACCAUGCUAGGACGGCUAAGUUCCAUACGAGUUGGGUCCCUAUAACAUGUGAAAGGAAUAAAGGCGAAGUGACAUGUAAAGUUUUACAUGUCGGUGGUAGUUGUCUUCAGAUCUUCGCGUUUUAUAGCUUUCAAGGUCUUAGUCUAUGGUCAGGAUUGUUUUCAGGAUCUACAUUAAAUGUAAUUCUUGCUGUUAGAAGCAGAGCGUGGUUUUACUUUCCCUUUCCAUUCCCUUCUCGGUCUCCUGAAAAGCUAACUUCUGUUUCAUCAUUUAUUGCUUGCAAUUUUCCGGCCCUUUCAAAUCUCGAGUCUCAACUGUAAAAUUAAACAUUCAGUACGUCCACGUCAUGUUAUAUAUUGAUGGAUUUUCUUGAAUUUCAUCAUUAUCUAUUAUCCUUUUAAGUUUUUGCUGAAAAAUUUAGUUAACCGGAUCUAGUUACUUGUUUCCCUUCCCCUGAGGAAACUUAAAUAUGAUAUUUUGCAUUGGUUUUUUCUUGUUUUCUUCACUCGUCCUUAAGCAUAGUAACUAAUUUUUUCAAAAUCAUGAAGCAUAAAGAUGGAAAAUAUCAUGCCCAACCUGAUAAAGGUUUCAAGAUUGUCCCUGCAACAUUACUGGUCAUUGUGCUUUGUGGGUUUUCUUUCUAUCUUGGUGGAAUCUUCUGUUCUGAGAAAAAUAAAUUGGAGGGCAAGACAGUGCAGGAUGUUUCCAAGGCUGUUCCUUCUCCAAAGGAACCCGCUGUAAACCCCCUUCAAAUCAAAUCUGGUGCCUUCCCAGAAUGCAGCAUUGAUUAUCAAGACUACACACCAUGCACAGAUCCCAGGAGGUGGAAGAAGUAUGGUGUACAUCGGCUUACUUUCUUAGAACGCCACUGCCCUCCAGUCUUUGAGAGGAAGGAAUGCUUGGUUCCACCUCCAGAUGGGUAUAAGCCACCUAUCAGAUGGCCAAAGAGCCGGGAUGAAUGUUGGUACAGGAACGUCCCGUAUGAUUGGAUCAACAAGCAGAAGUCUAAUCAGAACUGGCUGAGGAAGCAAGGGGAUAAGUUCCUGUUUCCCGGUGGUGGUACUAUGUUCCCCAAAGGAGUUGGUGCAUAUGUGGAUUUGAUGCAAGAGCUGAUCCCUGAAAUGAGAGAUGGCACGGUUCGAACUGCAAUUGAUACUGGUUGUGGGGUUGCAAGUUGGGGAGGUGACCUAUUAGAUCGUGGAAUUCUGACAGUUUCUCUCGCUCCAAGAGAUAAUCAUGAAGCUCAAGUCCAGUUUGCAUUGGAACGUGGAAUACCUGCAAUCCUUGGUGUCAUUUCAACCCAGCGCCUUCCUUUCCCUUCAAAUUCAUUUGAUAUGGCUCAUUGCUCAAGAUGCCUUAUCCCAUGGGCUGAAUUUGGUGGAAUUUAUCUCCUUGAAGUUCACCGCAUACUCCGUCUUGGUGGUUUCUGGGUCUUGUCUGGCCCUCCUGUAAAUUAUGAGAACCGCUGGCGUGGAUGGAAUACAACUGUGGAAGAGCAGAAAUCAUAUUAUGAGAAGUUGCAGGACUUGUUGACUUCAAUGUGCUUUAAAUUGUAUGCCAAAAAGGAUGACAUUGCUGUGUGGCAGAAAUCUUCAGAUAAUAGCUGCUAUGAUAAACUUGCUGAACCAGAUGCCUACCCAGCCAAGUGCGAUGAAAGUCUUGAACCUGAUUCAGCGUGGUACACUCCACUCCGGCCAUGUGUUGUAGUUCCAAAGCCAAAACUUAAGAAAUCAGCCUUGGAAUCCCUGCCAAAGUGGCCAGAGAGGUUACAAGUUGCACCUGAACGCAUUUCAGACGUACCUGGUGGGAGUGGCAGUGCUUUAAAACAUGAUGACAACAAGUGGAAGGUGCGGGCCAAGCACUACAAAACAUUACUCCCUGCAAUUGGGACGGACAAGAUAAGAAAUGUUAUGGACAUGAAUACAGUUUAUGGAGGUUUCGCUACAGCUCUUAUUGAUGAUCCCUUGUGGGUCAUGAAUGUUGUCUCUUCCUAUGCUGCCAACUCAUUGCCUGUGGUCUAUGAUCGGGGCCUUAUUGGAACUUAUCAUGAUUGGUGUGAAGCAGUUUCAACAUAUCCUCGGACAUAUGAUCUCCUUCACCUUGAUGGCCUCUUCACUUCUGAGAGCCACAGAUGUGAUAUGAGGUACGUGCUCUUGGAGAUGGAUCGUAUCCUGCGCCCCAAGGGAUAUGCAUUAAUGCGGGAAUCCAGCUAUUUUGUUGAUGCUAUUACCACCAUUGCUAAGGGAUUGAGGUGGGGCUGCCGUAAAGAAGACACUGAAUAUGGUGUGGAGAAGGAGAAGUUAUUAGUAUGCCAGAAAAAACUCUGGUAUUCCUCUAACAGCAGUUCAGGAUGACAAACUGAUCCAAAGUGACGGUGACAAAUCUCUUGCCUGGUUAAAAGUACAAUUAUUGUUCCAAUUAGAGUAGGAGCUGAAAGAAGGAAGUUUCAUACUUCACACAGAGUAGAUAUCCAUAGAAAUCAAGAAUCUCUAAAUUGAUAUUCGUGAAUUGAAGAAUUAGCUUCCCAAUAACAUGAUUUUGUUAAUUUAUAUAUAUAUAUAUAUUCUUUGUAAGGCAUCUGUACACAGUC